AUGGUCUGCAGAAGCUGCUUGGUGAAGUAUUUGGAGGAAAACAAUACCUGUCCAACAUGUCGGAUUGUUAUACACCAGAGCCAUCCAUUACAGUAUGUUGGCCAUGAUAGAACAAUGCAAGAUAUUGUUUACAAACUUGUGCCAGGCCUCCAAGAAGCGGAAAUUAAAAAGCAGAGGGAAUUCUAUUACAAACUGGGUAUGGAAGUACCAGGGGACAUCAAAGGGGAGACAUGCUCUGCAAAACAUCUAGAUUCACAUCACAAUGUUGAAACUAAACCAGAUGAAAAUUCAAACAAAGAAACUUCUGAAGGAAAUCAGGAAGAAGAUAAUGACUAUCAUCGAAGUGAUGAACAGGUAAGCAUCUGUUUGGAAUGCAAUAGCAGCAAAUUACGUGGAUUGAAAAGAAAAUGGAUCUGCUGCUCAGCACAAGCAACAGUCUUGCAUCUAAAGAAGUUCAUUGCUAAAAAACUUAACCUUUCUUCUUUUAAUGAGCUGGACAUAUUAUGCAAUGAAGAGAUUCUUGGCAAGGAUCACACACUCAAGUUUGUAGUUGUUACUAGACGGAGAUUUAAGGUAUGA